UUCUAACGAUCGCUUUAACGGAAUUUGCUUAUAUAAUGCCGACUUUAUAAGAUGAUUUCAUCUAUCCUUAAGUACAGUUGCGCACUUAAGUGCGAAUUGGGAACACAAUUAGGAUAAUGAAGUAUCUCUAAUAAUCUCUGCAGUACAAUACUCCGAGCUUAUAAAACAAUGGCGGACGAAAAUUGACAAAUUGAGUAGAGAAAGAUCGAGAAACUACGAUGAUGAUGAACAGUGGAAGCAGCAGUGUCGGAGGAAGAACUUCAUGGCCAUCAUCUACCUCAUUAUCGUCUUCAGGCAAGAGAAUUCUUAAAGAAUUGAAGGAUUUGGAUUCUCACCCUCUUACUCUCUGUUCAGCUGGUCCUAUUGCCGAUAGUCUUUAUCACUGGCUUGCCACCUUCCUUGGCCCUCCUGGGACUCCAUAUGAAGGUGGUAUCUUUUUUCUCGACAUUUUGUUUCCUAAUGACUACCCAUUUAAGCCUCCUAAGGUGGUGUUUAAGACAAGAAUUUAUCAUUGCAAUGUUGAUUUUUGUGGGAAUUUGUAUUUGGAGAUUUUGAAAGAUGCUUGGAGUCCUGCCCUUACUAUCUCAGAUCUCCUACAUUCUAUCAGAUCUAUCUUUCUCAAUCCUGACCCUCACAAUGCUCUUGUGUCUUCCAUUGUGCACCUGUACCAGGUUGAUAGGAAAAGCCACGAUGAGCUAGCCGCUAAGUGGACACACCGUUUUGCAAAAUAAAACGAACAGGCUAUGGUGAAGACUUGGGAUAUUGAAAUCUUGUGCAUGGGUGUGCAUGGUUUUGAGUUGCUCCUUGUACAUUGGGAGUACUGCAUGUUAAAAUAGGGUCACUGGAUCUGUCAGCUUUUGGUUGCAAAUUACCUAAUUGUAGCAAAGCUAAAUUAUACUCUUGUUGUCUCCCCUAUGUUUCUCUAAUGAUGGAUUAUACUUUUGUAUCCCUACUCUCCCUUUGAGUAUGCAUUACAUGACUAAAAAAGCUCUCCCAUAUUUGAGUUAUAUGGUGUAAAUUCAAAGAGAUAUAGGGAGUAUCACGUUUUAUUCAUGUACAUUUGGGAAAGUUGAAAAGAAGAAUACAUUAAUUUCAUUCAUGAUUGAUAAUUUAUAAGCCAUA